AAGCAGUUGUGCAGUCACCUCUGGUCGUAGCGGAAAGAUUUCUGGAGCGGGAGCCUGUUUCGCAUGAGCUGCAUCGUUUUUGGAGAAGCACAGGCUCAGAGGAGGUGGAGUCAUGAGUGCACAAGAGACACCCAAUCCUGGGAAGGAGCAGGCAGACGGUGGGAGUACAGCCACAGAUGGCCCCUCACCAACUUUUGCCCCAAAGUCCAAGAGUACUAGUCCACCACCUGUCACAGUAAAGAAAGAGCCUGGGACCUCGGAGACGAGUAAUGGGAAAGUGGGUGAUACCAACCCUGCUGAGAUCUGUGUUGUCAUUGGAGGAAAUGAUGGAGGAGCAAGUGGAGUUGGAUCCCGUAGAGCUCAGCCCGAGGGUAUGUUUGCCCUUGGUACUCCUCCUCCAACGAAGAGCACAGACUCAUGCAUAGGUUCCUAUGUAUGUGGGGUAUGUGGGAAGAAGUACAAGUAUUAUAACUGCUUUCAGACACACGUCAGGGCACACAGAGAAUCUGAGAGCAUGGUUGGAGAUGGUCUACCCCAGACACCCAACAAUAGCUUCCGUUACUCGUGUGACAUCUGUGGUAAGAAGUAUAAAUACUACAGCUGCUUCCAGGAGCACCGUGACCUGCAUGCAGUUGAUGAUCCAUAUGAACAGGUAGUGUUACCUGUGGAUGGCCUUAAAGAGGAGGAGCCAGUUGAACCCUACCAGAAAAUUGGACCAAGGGAAAAAGCUCUCGCCCACCUCCGCAGAGACCUCGGGUUCAACCGACGGCAGCGGGUGUCCCUUCAAACACAAUUGGCAGUGUUCGCAGAAACUGGGAGCUAUGUUUGUGAGUUCUGUGGGAAGCAGUACAAGUAUUUCAACCCAUACCAGGAGCAUGUUGCUCUUCACACACCAAUGGGCUCCUUUGACAUGAAGGCAUCACGGGUACAGGAAUGUGGUAGCAUGGAUAUGAGCAAAUUUGGCCACAGCCAAACUGGUAAGAUAAAAAACAGUCCAUUCAGGCGGAAACUGGAAAGUGCAAUUCAGUCUAGUCUGGUUGACACAAACAGCUCGCAGAAUUCAAGCGGAACUCCGAGCCCUCUGGUGGCCACCUCCUUCUCUACAACCCAGAAACCCUACACUUGUGGUGCCUGUGGCAUCCAGUUCCAGUUCUACAACAACCUGCUGGAGCACAUGCAGUCCCACGCUGCGGACAAUGAGAACCACACCAAAGGGGACUCUCCCAAAACUUCCUCCGCCGCCGGUCCUCAAGAGCAGCUGUGGAGAGGUGCUCCUCAGGCUCAGGCCCAGAUCCAGGCCCAGGCCCAGUCCCAGGUCCAAGCCCAUUCCUCAGUUAAACUACAAAUCCAGCCUCAAAGUAUCUCCCAGAGAAACCACACUCUCAGCCAGAAUAAUGGACUACCUGAGAAGGAGCGACAGCAGGUGGCUGAGCGCCUCUUACGAGUAAUGUGUUCAGAUCUGAGCAUGCUAAACGUGCUCAACAGCAAGGACUUCUUGAAGUUGGCACAGACCUUAGUGGAUACGGGAGCUCGUCACGGUGCCUACUCUACCCGUGAUGCUUUUGGCAAUAUGAGUGCCUUGGCACUGCGCCAGCUGCCCCGCAUGUACAACCAAGUGAAAGUCAAAGUCACGUGUGCUCUAGGCUCCAAUGCUUCGCUUGGCAUCGCUGUCACGUGCCACUCCCAGACAUCAGGCCCAGAUGCGUGCUAUGUUCUAACAGCCUACCAGGUGGAGGGGUCGAGACUGAAGCGCUAUGUGCUCGGCGUGAGGGAGGCUGAGCUGAGAGAAGGGCCUGAGCAGGUUCACCACUGGGUGCAGAAUGUGCUGUCUGAGUUUGUGAUGUCUGACAUUCGCACCGUGUAUGUCUCAGAGCCCAGAGUUUGGGCAGCAGGAUUUGCUGGAUCACCGCUUGGUGGUGGUGGGCGGGGCAGGAUAUGCUUGCGAUGUGCUGGGUGUUCGCUCGGUGCAGUUGUACAGGCGGUUCUCGGGAAGCGCAGCCUGCAGGCUCGAGGUCUUAAUGAGUUGGCUGAGCUUCUCUCAACGUGCCGAGACAUUGCCUCCUCUUCCACGCUGUCUCUUCGUGAGGAACAAUGCACCAAUACAUUCACAAGCACAACUGAGGACUGCACACAGGGCAGCCUUGCACAGUGCCCCACCCCACCUUGCUGGGAUCGUAUGGCUGAAGCUCUUCUGCAGGUCCAUGCCCACUUUGAACAGAUUUGCGAAGCUUAUGGACGCAGUAAGGCCACGGCUCCUCUCCUCCAGGGUCUCAACAAGCAUCUGCUAGGGACGCUGGCUUGUCUGCUGGCACCUCUGCGUCUGGCAGCUCUGGAGCUGAGCAGUCAGAGGAGACCAACCUUACAGCAGGUGCUUCCUGUCUACCUACGCUUGGAGAAGUUUUUUACAUCCAAAGCUGGAGAGGCUGGAACCGGCACGGCUAGCAAACUUUGCCACUACUUCCUGGAAGCACUUAAAGAAAACUUCAAGGUUGAACGAGCCCACCAGGUAGCUAUGGUCCUGGACCCACAGCUCAAGCUGCGUUCAGUGCCGGCCUACCAGCAUGAAGACAUAAUCUCCCGUGCAUGCGAAAUGGCUGCUGAAACCAGGGAUGGAGGUAUGACUGGUGGUGGAGGUUCAGGUGGCGAAGAGCGGGACACCGAUGGCCCACCAACCCCUAAAAUAAGCCGUAUAGAAGGAGGGGGAAACAAUGGCGGAACCUCAAGGGGGGCCUCCUCGUCUUGCACGUUGUCCGGUAAUGAUGAUAGUCAGAGCCAAGUUAGACAAGAGAUUUUUAAAUACCUGGCCGAGCCUCUUCUCCAAGGCUCACCUGACCUCUUCCAGUACUGGAGCUCAGCGGUGAGUGAGAAGUUCCCCAGGCUUGCUCGCCUGGCACUGUGGCUCCUUGCCGUGCCUGCUGUGGGCAUACGAAGUGAGUGUGUGACUGUGUGUGAGCAGAGCCUGGCUAUGAAGAGGAGGCAGCAGGUUACCGCUGAGGAGAUGAACAAACUCAUUUUCCUUCGCUCCAACAUGGGCUAGGAAAGACACUUAACCAACCCUAACCAACCAAACCUUCACCUCCAACCAAUGACUGAAGACUAUUAUUUAUAUACUGUAGGUUUAGACCAACUGUAAACUUAAAUGUGUAUGGACAUUAAUAUACUUCUCGAGACGGAUAUUUACAGGAAACUCACAUUGUAUAGGUUGCAAACACCCAUAAAAUAAUACGGCUUAUUACAUAUUUUAUAUGGAGAAAGGAUUGUUGUAAAGUACUGUGGACAAAAUGUAGGGGUGGAACGCUAACUCUCAAAAGAUUGUCCUGUUUGAUAUGCCACCCUUGACUUGGGAUGCAUGUAAGCAGGAGGAGUUUAGGUCUUAUCACGACCAGUGAUUUGAAUUGGUCCAGCCUAAUGACGAAACUGAUAAAAGGCUAUAAUGCUGUUAUUCUCACUGGGUAGGCAACAUUUUCAGGUAAAGUCAGCUUCCACUGCUUGAACCUACUGUCAGACCUCUGAAAACAAUCUUACUAGAUUAUCAAAGAUGUCCAAGAGAUAUAUAGCAGGAAGUACUGUAGCAUGUACAGUAUGUUGGAGAAUGAUCAUUUUCAUUGGUGACAAAAAAUUCAAGUGGUGAAUCCUCACUGCCAUCGCACCUCUGACAAUUAAGUGUACAAGGUUUAUGAUUUACUGUUAUGUAUAACUGAAAAUUAUAUUUUUCAACAUAAUCAGCCAUAGGAGGUGGAAAAGUAGCUGAGAGCUAAAUCAUUACAGCUAAUUUGAUGGUUGCUUCAGUGGCAUAAAAAUGUAGCUGUGGAUUAUUUGCAUGCACUGCAUUCAUUUUUCAUUCAAAAAAACAGCAGCUGAUAAAACAUUAACAACGAUAUGAUACUUUCCCUUUUGUUUAUGUUACAAAUUGGAAUGAAAAGUAAACUGACAGUUUGUUUACUUUCUAAAAUUAACUCAAAGAGGUCUUAUGCUGCUAGAUAUGGAAUUCAAAUGGCUAGAAUUGCACAGGUGGGCCCACAUCAUGAAGUUAAGUUGAAUAAAAUUAAGCUAUUGGUUGAGUUUUCUUAACAAAUAUUUGUUUUUUUUACAUGCACAAAGACGACAACAUCAUAUUGGAACCUGUUUGCGGUCAGCUUUUACACUGAUUUCAUUCAACUAUAUCGUAGCUGGAUUGCACCAACAGGGAAUUAAAUAACAAGUUGGAUAAAUAAAUCUUCUAUUAUCCUUUAAUACUUGAUGGUGCAACCCAGCUUGUAUGUCAGUAACUAGAUAGUUUCUAGUGCUGGUAAUUCAGGAAUGUCAGUCAGCUCUGUGAAACAAAAGACCUACAGUCAACUAUCAAUACAUUUCUUUAUACUGAAGACGUUUUGCCUGUGCGUUGCCCUCAGAUAAACAGCAGAAAUGUUAUUUGCCUUCAGUUUGGCGAGCUCUUAGGCAAGGAUUUAAUACAUAAUUGUAUAAAUCCUUGUGUGGUUGCCCUGUGCGUGUGUAUUUUUUCCAAAGCUUAAUUAGAAGUGACUUGUCCAUAGGAAAGUUAAUAUUAUUUUAUUUAUUCUCCUUUUCUCAUUUAUCAUUCUAAUACAAGCAUUGUCUUCCUCGUGAGCGACAAAUGUCCAAAUGUUUUCAAGGCAAUAAGCUUUAUCAUAGGGCAUAGUUUCCAUCUUCAUCUACUAAAAGUGACUGUUCUCAUGAUGUUCCUACAGUUAAUUAUUAAUGGUAAAUUAUUUUCUGUUUGUGAAAUCUACGGGAUUUUCUCAGGAAUGAGUACACCCAAGCAGGCACCGCCGCUUUUUCCUCACUGUACCGAAAACACCAAACUGACCUCACUGCCGAGGUAUGUACUGAACCGUGACUUUUUGCGAAACGUUCCACCCCAAAUACAGUUAGUGCCAUUUGCAACAAACAAACACAAAAAAUGGAUCACUGAGUGUUUCUUUUUUUUUCAGGAUGAAGCAAAUUCUGCCAGUACAUUCACUAAAGUCAACACAUGCAUACUAAUGAAGUCAUGUUAUUUAUUUUUUUAUGGAUUCUAGUAUACAUUUACAUGAGCUAAUACCUCCUAAAAUGACUUGGAUGAAUGGAAGUUAUACUGUAAAUUUGUUUGUUGCCUUUGGUACUAAUUAGUCAAGUACUAGUUUGUCAUCUCUGUUUUUGGGCCUUAAGUCACUUUCAUGCAUUCACUUUAAACCCUACAGCCAGAGCCAACAUCAUGCCUUUUUAUUGCUGUUAAAUGGCCUUCUAUUCACCAUCUUUUCUAAAGCUCGUAUUUUAUUUUAUAUUUUUUGUUUUUCAAUCCUGUAGACUCAAAGGGAAGUGUGGCUGAUGGUCGACAGUGUCCUCUAGUGGUCAAAUGUGGACUUAAAAAUCAUGGGUAACUGGUAUUUGACAAGUGCUUUACUCCAAAGUUGAACUAAGUGAACAUGCUGCUUGGAGUCAUCUCUUGGUUUAUGAAACAGGUCAGGGAUUAUUUCAACAACAACAAGUAUCAAGCACAAGUAUCCACUCUAUAAACUUAUACUAAUAAGGGUCUGUAGCAGAUUAGAAAUCACAUUAGCAGGUCUUCAUUGGGAGUCAUACCAUAGCAGGACAGUAUAUCAAUACUGUGGUAUGAAACAUUUGGAUUUUGUUUAUCAUACUAUUUGUGGUGCAGCUUAAAUAUUGUUUUUGAUGCAGGGUGCAGAACAGUUUAAUGCUAUAGGCAAUGUCUCCACUUUCUUGGCCAGAACUAACAAUGUUUUCUUUGCCAGACGCUACACCAUCUACCCCAUAUUCAAAUAUUAAACACUAAUAGUCAUAACUGAAGAUUAUCAGUUGAAAAUAAAAAAAAUAUUAUUUUAUCUCUCUUUUUGUCAUGUUUCCCAGCUUUAGGCCUCAUUAUAACUUGGGGUAUGGUCACAUUACAUCUCAGCCCAACGAAUAUUCGCUCAGUUUCCCAUCCAUUUCAAUUGAAGCCUGUAUGGGUGAUAAAUCAAGGGUACAUUUCCUGUUUUGGUGUGAUCUCCAUGGAUAAGAGUUGACCUUUGUUCACCUUUGACCUCAUAGAUGUGCAUGGUCAGCCAGUAGGAGCACUAAUGACCUGUACUUGGCCUGUAAUAUGGAGAAGUCACUAUUCUAGUCCUGUGGCAACACCUUGUUUUUGUAUAAUAUCACACUAACAGACAAAUACUGCUGCAUCGCCCUCAUAGACGGGUUACAGUUAGUGAUCGCUCCGACAAACAUUUGUUUAUGACCUGGGUCGGAAUUGUGACGACAUGUCCUUUUUUCGGCUUUGUUAAACAUAAGGCUAAUGUGACUACCUUUUUAGGACACAGAAAGUAGGAAGUCAGUCAGUUGCACACAGGAAAUUAUAGGGUAUCUGAGUGAAUGGUUUGAAGUGGAAAGCCAAGAACAGAUCUUGGUCUCACUAAAAUCAAAACCUUUCGUAGUACAUGAUGGAAUUUGUUUUCAGCUAUAUGAUAAAACUUUUACAAGAAGAAAUGCAUAGAAGGUUGAAAAUGCUUAAAUUAUGUCAGUCAAAGGUGAAUGGCUCUGCAUUGUUUCACAAACUAAAUUUUUUUUUUUUUCAUAGACCGUAGCCCUCCUUACCUCUCUCAACAGCUUUGAUUUAGUGUUUUCUUGAAUGUUUUUCUCUCCUUAAAGAGUUAUUUAACAUCGGGGUGAAAAGCACUGUUUUUCUGCCCUCUCUGGUUGGAGGUUUUGAGCCUGUUUCACCUCUGGGUGUGGUCAGAAAGGUGCUCUGUUGCACCUGAAAACCAUCCCCAACAGCGAUGUUGUGGGGUCUUAGAGUACACCUGUACGUCGCUGUAGCCAGGUGAGAAGUUAAACCACUGGAGGUCAGCAAAGACAAUAUUUUCGAGGGGUGUUGAGUUAAAAUGGUUUCUUUAAGAUGUCUGAUUUUUUUUCUUUUUACAUCGAGACAUCUUUUCAUCGUGAUAAUUUGCAUUCUUGAAAUUAAUAUGUAUUCUGCUGUUUUCACACUGAUUCAUGUCACACAUUUAUAUUUUGGUAAAAAAGAAAAAUAUUGCUGUAAAUUAUAUUUAAAAUUACAUUUUUUAAGUAUCAAAUCCAAUGUGUUACCUCAGUACUCAAGGUAAUGUUGUAAUUUAAAGAUUGGAAGAUCUCCUGUUGAGACAAAAUUUUACUUUGGUCAAAGAUAUAGUCAAAAUACAGUAUAUUGGUUUGCAGUUUUAGCAGUGAUCCUCCAUUGAACUGAUGAAGGGAUUUUUCUUACGGUUUUUAAAUAAGUAUUUUAAGUAGAAUAUGCUCUGGGACAAAAUGCCAUUGUUGACGUAAUUAUGUCAACUUAAUUUUACUUAGAAAUAACAUUCUUUUUGCUGAUUAAAUUAUAUCUAAGAUAUGCAUGCUUUUAAUAAGAGUACUGAUAUAUAAAGUUAGAGCCACAUGAUUCACUUGCAUCUGAUGAACACUGGCCUAUGAGUAGACGAUACCUUAAGACACACUAUCAAGAGUCAGAUAAGCAACCUGGACUGAAUUUUAACUUUCGAGGUGGGAGUAGCGAUGCUGAUCAUGGGUUGGUGUUCAUGGGUUGACAUCAUCCAUUUUCAGUGGAUGUCUUAUGUAAAUACAAGAGAACUGCUGUUUUUAUGCCACAAGGGGGAGACUUCAUUUCAGAGAUACAGUAGGGAACACCAAUAACAUUAUACCUCUAUUUUCUACAGUAGCAUUUCAAAAGGUUUUGAUAUAAUAGAAAACACAACUUAGAUACUGUUAUUAGAAAAUUGAAAUCAGCUGUAAGUUUUAUUUUGUUCCAGGAUUUUAACUUAUUCAGAUAAUAACUGUAAAAAAUGGUAUAAGAAUGCUAACAUGGAGAUCUGCUCUGUUUAAUUAUGGAUUAUAGUCUGUAUUAUCAAUUCAGGUUAAGAAAUUAGUGUUGCUUUCAUCCUAUUUUACCGGCAUUACUUCCUUUUAUACUCUGCUAAAAUGCAAAAAAAUGUGUUUGAUUCCAUUCAUUUUGUCUUUUUUAUCGCACUUUGGCAGCAGAUUCCUAUGUAGCUUCAGAUCUGAGUUGUCUUAUUAGUAAGCCUAAUUUAUACUUUUGUAGCAACACUAUUUUUAUAUAAUGGCAAAGAAAGAGUUCAGUGUCUUUUUUUUUGUUUUGUUUUUCCUGUGUCAUAUGUGGCAGCGCUGUUCAAUGUUCUUGAAUACAAUACCCACUGUAGUAUGUGAUGUGUGAAUAAACUCCAAAUCUGUCAAA